CUGGACUGGGCACGCAGCGGUUGACAACAUGGCGGCGGCGGAGAAGUUGGAGUCGCUUCUGGAAGAUUCGGAUAAGGGAGAGAGCAGUCAGGACGAGUCGGAGUUUUGCGAUGAGUUCACGCUGGACGUGGUGCGGCGGCUCGGAGGGACCAAGGCUGACUAUGUAAUGCUGUCUUCCAUAAAUGAGAAUGAAGAACUGGUUGAUGGUGGAAAAAAGACGGCAAUAGAUGAUCUGAAAGAAGGUGAAUUAGAAGCCUUCAUCAAUAAAAUAGGCAUAAGCAAAUAUUCCAAAAUUCUGCUGGAAGAAAACGAAGAGAGCAAUAAAAAAGAAAACCAAAUAAAAAAGGAGAAAGAGAAAGUUGACAAGAAUAAAAAAAAAGGACUGAAAGAGAAAUUCCAAGGCGGAAAGGGUGAGCAAAAGGAAUUGCAAGGAAAGGAUGGAAAGAAAAAGCUGAUUCAGGAUAAUGAAGUAUCAAGUACAUCUGGGUUACUGGGCAGGAAAACAAAGCAACAGGUCAACUUUGAAUUUCAGCCCAAAUCAUAUUUAUUGAUAAAGCCAGGAGGAAAGUGGUAUGAUGUGGCGUAUACCAAUGAGCACAGCUUUAAGCCACAAAAUGAAUCAUUCGUCACACAGUAUAGGAAUCUAGCUAAACAGCUGUAUGAGCAUGAGACCAAUCUGUACAGGAGUAAGAAAAAUAUCCAAAAAGGAGCAAACUCAACAUGGAUGAAAACUGUGGUCACAACAGGCACAUUAGCAGACAGAAUGGCAGCUAUGACACUUAUGAUACAAGAUGCUCCAGUGCAUACUCUACACUUUGUAGAGACAUUAAUCAACCAAAUCAAGAAGAAGGGAAGUCGGCGGCAAUGCUUAAUGGCUUUAAGUACCUUAACAGAACUACUGAUCUCUGACCUGCUUCCAGAUAAUCGAAAACUACGAUCCUUUUCCCAGCAUCCCCUUAAAAGCCUACAGCAGCUUGCUAGUGGGAACAAGGAUGCCCAAGACAAGCGCCUAAUAUUGUGGUACUUUGAACACCAAUUGAAGCAUCAUUUUGCAGAGUUUGUGCAGGCAUUAGAAACAUUGGCCCAUGACACUGUGCAGGCAACAAAAGCUCGUGCUUUGGCAACAGUCCAUGAGAUCUUGUGCAAUAAGCCAGAGCAAGAGAAAGCUCUGUUGACCCAGUUAGUGAAUAAAUUAGGAGACCCACAAUAUAAAUUGGCCACAAAAGCCUCUUACCUUUUAAAAACUUUGCUCCAUAAGCAUCCCAAUAUGAAAACAGUUAUAUGCUGUGAAAUUGAGCGACUUCUGUACAGGCCUAACAUUAGUUUGAAAGCUCAGUACUAUGCCAUUUGCUUUCUCAACCAAAUGGUCUUGAGCCAUGAAGAGAAUGAUCUAGCUGGGAAGCUAAUAGCUGUUUACUUUUCAUUUUUCCAUGCCUAUGUUAAAAAGGCAGAACUAGACUCCAAAAUGCUAAGUGCGUUGCUGUCAGGUGUCAAUCGUGCUUUUCCUUACUCCAGGAUGGAUGAUGAAAAAAUGAUGGAACAAAUGGAUACUUUGUUCAGGAUUGUACAUGUUGUGAACUUCACCACAAGUGUCCAAGCACUAAUGUUGCUAUUUCAAGUGAUGGACUCUCAACAAGCAGUAUCCAAUCGAUAUUAUGUAGCACUCUACAGGAAACUGUUAGAUCCAGGAAUGGCAUUAUGUUCUAAGCAAGCCAUGUUUCUGAAUUUGCUGUACAAGUCUUUGAAGUCUGACGUCGUGCUUCAUCGUGUUAAGGCGUUUAUAAAACGGAUCUUGCAGGUCACUUGUGGCCAGACACCAGCAUUUAUUUGUGGAGCUCUCUAUCUUAUUUCUGAGAUUUUGAAACUGAAGCCAGGCAUCCGAGUCCUGUUACAGGAACAUGGGGAAUUGGAUGAAGAGGAACAUUUUAAAGAUAUUGAUAACAGUGAUGAGGAAGAAAAAUUUGAAGAUCUUGAUGAUGAGAUGAUGAAGAAAUCGGAAAAUGAAGGGGAAAAAUAUAUAAAUGCUGACAUAGGAGAUGCUGCCAAAGGACAAGAAAUGGUUGUACAGAAUACUGCCGUAAAUAGCAAAACAGAAUCAAAAGUAUCUGGAUCGUGGUUGCACCACAAAAAUCAAGGUGGAAAGUCUCUGGGAAACUAUGACCCAUUCCACAGGAAUCCCCUCGCUUGCGGAGCAGACUGCACUGGCCUCUGGGAAUUGAAGAAGUUGAGUGAACAUUUUCACCCAUCAGUGGCACUCUUUGCAACAACUAUCCUGCAGGGUGACCGAAUCCAAUAUUCCGGAGACCCUCUGCAGGAUUUCACAUUAAUAAGAUUUCUUGACCGUUUUGUGUACAGGAACCCCAAACAGCACAAAGGCAAAGGAAACACUGACAGUAUUGUGAUGCAACCUAAACAGAAACUUCUGCUGAAUGAUAUGCGCAACCUGCCAGUGAAUAGUCAGAAGUUUAUUGAACGUGAGGAGAGCCAGAUCCCAGUGGAUGAAAUAUUUUUCCACAGAUAUUACAAAAGACUUAAUGCAUCCCAGAAACUACAAAGAUUCCGAGGAGCCGACAAAGCCAUGGAAGAUGUGGAUGAUGAUGAGUUUGAGCAGCUGCUUGAUGUCUGUGAAGGAGAUAAAUCUUUUGAAACAUUAAUUGAUGACACUUUAGAUUUUGCUAGUAAUAUGAAACAGAAAUCAUCAAAAGACACAAAAGGACUUGAACAAGCCAAUUCAGAUCUAGAUGAUGAAGAUAUGGAUGAUGAAGAAGUAUCAUUAGGAAGCUUGGAUGAGGAAGAUUUUGGGGAAGUGGUCGGAGAAGAAGGUGGUGUGUUCAUGGAUGAACCAGAUGACACACAAGAUCUUGAUGAUGAAGCAUUUGAAGAGGUUGACAGUGCAGCAAUCAAGAAAAAUAAUAAGUCUGGUAAAAGGAAAAAAGGAGAAGACUUGGAUUUUGCCAAAUUUGUUACAGGAAAGAAACAGAAAAAGGGUUUUAAGGAUGACUCUGCCAUGUUUGCUGCUGCAGAAGAGUUUGGCUAUCUGCUGGAUGAAAAUGCUGGAUCAAAGUUUGACAACAUUGGCAUAAAUGCAAUGGCAAACAAAGAUAAAGCAAGUGUGAAGCAGCUUCAGUGGGAAUCUGAUCGUGAUGCUUGGAUCAGAGGCAAAGAUGCCCAAACACUACGUAAGCAGAAGAAGAAAUUCAAGGCCAAGAAACUGCAAAAUAAACAGAAAAGAUUUUUAAACAAGAAGAGAUGAGCAGUGUUUACGAAAACAGCUGUUGUAAAACAUUGUUCCUUACCUCCCUCCCAAGUCAACUUUUAUAUAUUUAAACUUUGUACUUACAUAUUUACUGGUUAUGUUUGUUGGACCAGGUUUCCUGAUCCUGUUCUCGGAUUCCAUAAAUUCCUGCCCAUUCAUUGGAUUUAUAAUAAACUGAAAAUUGUAAAGAAA